CAUGCCUGCCACGAUCAAACGCCCCAUGCCGCCGGCCGCGAUUACCCCGAUGACAUGCAUUCUUGCAUGCAUCCACGGGCCACGGACACGGCCACGGCCACAGACGCUCCCGAUCACUUUGCAUGCUUACUGGUUACUGGUGUACCUGGCCUGUGGCACUGCCAACUCAUUCCAUCGCCAGCAAGGUCCACUCCGCAGCACCGUGCUCGGCGGAGCUUUGGGCCCACAAGCUAGAGGAAUUUCGUGACGAUGCGCUCCAA